AUGAUGUCAUCGAAGCACACGUACAAGCAGCGCACGUACAAACUUUUUGCCGUGGUCUAUCAUGAAGGAGCACAAGCGGGCAAAGGUCACUACAUUACGGAUACGUUCCACAGUGGCGCCGGUUGGAUUAGGUUCGAUGAUGCAACAGUGACGCAAGUGACUCUUGCAAAGGUAUUGAAGGCGACGGCACCACGAAUGCCGUAUAUUUUAAUGUAUCGCCGGCAUGAUACACUUCUACCACAUCGGCCUCCCGGCUAA